AUACUCGAAAGUCGAAAACACACUAAAAAAAUAUCAAUCGUUUUCUGUUGGAUUCUGCUGCGUAAUUCAAAUACAUUAAAAUCUAAAAUUUUAAGUGUUUUAAAUAAUACAUAAUGGCUACAAUUUUAAGAACAAGAGUGCUGUCGCUACGUGCUCUUACAAAUAUAAGAAUGUACUCCGGGGAGCCCGGAUCUGGCGCUGGUAAGGGUGGCGGUGGUGGUGGCGCCAUUCGUGAGGCUGGUGGCACCUUUGGCAAAAUGGAAGCUGCCCGAGAAGAUGAAUACUUCUAUAAAAAGCAAAAAGAACAACUGGCGAACCUAAAGGAUCAUUUGAGCAAAGAAAUUGCAUUCCAUGAGGAACAGAUUAAGCGGCAUGAGGAUGCAAUCAGACGUCAUAAGAAAUCCAUUGGCGACAUCCCUGAAAAGCACUGAAAAUGUCCCUGAAUCCUGCUUCAAAUCUUAAUUAUGAUAUUUUUAUAAUAAGGCGUAAUGGGUCCUUAAAUGCUGGUUUUCUUUGUUGAUUAAAUUUGUUGGAUGAAAAUGAUGUGUAACCAGCCUAAUAUUUUUAUAAGAUUAUCAGUCAUGUAACACAUUCGCUUUUAUUUUGUCUAGUUAUAGUUGGAAUAAAAUAUAUAACUUA